GAAAAGACUUCAAUAUUAUUUUAUUCAAUUAUAAAUGAAACUAGUCUUUUAUUGUGAAAAACACAAUCCGGAGUUGACGUAUUUGCUUACAGGGCUGUGAUUGCGCAGUACAAAUGCGCAGCAACAAAGGUGGAAACGUCUACUAUGGCUGAGACUCACAGUUUACAGGAACUCCAGCAGCCUGCUGUCAGCGCCAAGGUGUUUGUCCAUAGAGACUAUAGUUCAGGAACUCUCUGCAAGUUCCAGAACAAGUUCCCUGCUGAACUCGAAUCCAGGAUGGAAAGGCAACAUUUUGAGGAGACCAUUCAGACUUUAAACAACUUGUAUGCUGAGGCAGAGAAGCUUGGGGGGAAAUCCUACUUAGAGGGCUGCCUGGCCUGCCUCACUGCCUACACCAUAUUCCUUUGCAUGGAGACUCAGUAUGAAAAGGUGUUAAGGAAGGUCGCCAGAUACAUUAAAGACCAGAAUGAGAAGGUCUACAAUCCCAGGGGGCUACUGCUGACUGACCCUAUUGAGAGAGGCCUCAGAGUCGUUGAAAUUACGAUCUUUGAAGACAGAAGUUUUGUCCCUACAAGAUAAGACCAGGACUGGUGACCGACUGAUCAAAUGUCCAAACAGGCGGACAGAUGUCUGCUUCUUCUAAAUCAGUGUAUAUAAUAAUUUCCUGCUUUGUUUUUAUUUAUAUACUGUAUAGUCCACUGACUGCCUCUCUUUCUAUGUAUAGUGAUUGUCUUGGUAUACGUAAUGAAAUGUGUAAAUGGGCCUUUAAAAUACUGCCAUUGUUUAAAAUAACUGUGCAAUUCCUCAAGUAGGUUAGGCCAUGUUUGGUGUCUAAUCAAGUUGGUUAUUGUUACCUUAAAAUUAUAUGUGUGAAUCACUAGUUUUACGGUUUUAAACUGGAGUUUUAAUUGUGAAUCCUUAAUUGGUAUUUUUUUACAGUUUUAUAGAAAGACCAUCAUGGAAGUGUGACUCUUAAAUUGUGUGUGGCCAAUUUAUGCCUUUAUUGUGAAUGUUUGUUUUGUAUGAUCACCACAGAACCACUUCACAUUCCACACGUGCUUGCUAUCGUGAGGGAGCACUUUUCUUGUGAACCUCAUUUAUUUAACUCUGGUUUUACCUAAAAUAUGAAUCAAAGCUCUUACACAGACUGUCAUAAAAUUCAGCAUACUGUAUAUGUAAACUAAUAAAACUGCAAACUACACAAAUAGUAGAUAAUCACUUGUAGUACUCAAUAAACAUGGAGGAUCAACAGUAGUUUAGUUUGGGAAUGAUUUAUCUUAGUAAAUAGCCUCUCCUGUUAACUCUUGUGUCUCACUUUAAUGGUCAAGUAACCAUUUAUUGAAUAUUCAUUGAAUAAAUAAUAUAAAUUGAACACAUUGAAA